ACAAAAAAUGACUCUGAAGAAUAUGUUAAUGAUAUAUAUGAGGAGAAAAAACGUGUGUGGCACAUCAUCUUGAGAGGAGAAACAUUAUUGUACUUAAAGAGUAGAAUAAGUUUUCUAUUGACAUUACAUGUGAACAAAUCUGAUUGUUUAAAGCUCCUGAAGCAGCUCUCAUUCAAUGUACAUCACACUUACAGAAAGUUAUUUUAUACACAAAGUUUAUUUGAAAAAUAACUUCUGUAAGUAGAUGUAUUGAAGUAGGGUCUUUUACAGCAAAGCCGUGAUCACAUUCACACCUAGAAGCUGCCAAGUGCAGCCACAGUCUGACUCUCACCAAGCAGCACCACUGGAGCUGUUAGGUCAGGGUUAAGGUUUUUGCUCAAGGGCACCAGGCCUACUCUCUAAUCUUUGACUGACUUGGGAAGAAUAAUCUAAAUGUUUCAAUACAGAGAGAAAGAAACAUACAGAGUGAAGAUAUUCUUACAAAGGACUGAAUAUGAAAUGAGUCAUCUGUAUGGGAGAGUGCUCACUGACCCUGGAAAGGUCUGAGGUUUAGCAAAGUGUUGAAUGAGUAAGAAAACCUUCAUUAUGGUAUGGGCACAGAUAGGAGAAAAAAAAAAAAAAAUCAAACCUACCGAUGUGUUUAAAGAUAACCAGGAGUGAAGGUUUGUUUCUUCAGUCGAGUUUCAAAAUCAAUAUUUGGCACAGUCCUGUUUGAUGGAUUUAUCUCUCUGAAUAACUCUCACCCAUUUGACUGCAUAUAUAUUUUACAGUGCAGUGUGGGGGCAUGCGUCCAAAUAAGCUUUUUUAUCCUUUGUUUUUAUUUGUUUUGUUUUACUUUAAUUUAUAUUUUACUAUUAUACUAUGAUAGUUGUAGGUUAACAAACAUGGCAGCUGUAAUUUUAGAGCCAUAGAGAUUAUAUUUCAUUAAAAUGAUUAAAUGGUGUUAUAAAUUCAAGUCACAGUUAACAUCUGUGCUCUGUUAACGGCUGAAAUCUUGAUAUAGCUUGACAUAAGAUAAUAAUUUUGGUUCAGCAGGAUACAGCUGACCUCAUUAGUCUCUGUAUGUUCACCAGGCGUUUUGUGGCUCCUGUGAAACUAGCGGCAGGAACUGAGUCAGCCUGACAUCAUCACAUUAAUCUAUAUUUUGCAGCUUAAUCUGAAUUGUGCAGACAAUAAAAUGAGUAGUAAUAUAUAAAUAAAUUCAAAAGACUGCUGCCAUGGGAAAAUUAUUGUAUGUCAGCACUGGCACAUGAUCAUCCUGCAAUUUGAAGUAAGUGCAUCCUCUCCUGCCAGUGGAUGGAGUUAAUUUAGCAAAAAUCAUUGUUGGCUUUGAUAGGCCUCAAACCCACAACAUUACUGUCAAAUCUACAACCAACUGAAUCAUAAGCUCACAUAAUUAAUUGCAGUUAUUCUAAUGGAAGAAAUUCUGUCAACUCAGCUCACAAAAGUAUAAUUUGUUUGAAGGAUUAAUGUAUUUAUUCCACAUUAUCAUGGUCUAAACAUGGUCUAAAUAAUAUAUAGCUGCAGUCCCUGCAGCCUGAAUUGAAGUACUGUAGAUUUUGAUAUUGGGAAAUAAAAACAUUAUAAUGAAAAUACGUAAUCAAACAAGUAAGAUAUACUAUGCAACCCAUUACUUCAGUGUUUCUGUGGCUAAACAAAUGCAUAUACAGGCAUUAAAGUGACAAGAUUCAGAAUAACGUCACAUGCUUCCCUGGGUAAAAACAGGUGUGUAACAGGUACAAUAUGAGGGCUGGGGAAAUGAAAAUGAAGCCUUAAGGCGCGGAAUAUGUGUGUCGUUGUUUUUCUCACCGCUUCUCUCUGUGAUGAGCUCCAGACGUAGUUCGGUGAAUUCGGUUUGCCGCCUUGACCAAUCAGAGCUCGGUGCGCGUUGCGUGCGAGGUGAGGCGGCGACCUGCAAUUGGCUGAGGUGGUUUUUUCCAAAGGGGCGUAUUUUUCAAGCCAUCUCGACUGAAUAUUUAGCCUCAUCCAAGGUACAUUAAUUUGAUAUCUUCGCGAUUUUGCUGUCCCCAAGUUUGUAACCAGCAUCGUUUGAAAGGUUUAAAGCACAGCAAUGAGACCGGGUCGAGUUUGUGUGUUUGACCGAAGUCACGGCGGAGAAGUGAAGUGCUGAAGAUGACGCUGUCGCUCCUGAAAUUACCGGCUAGCUAAGCUAACAGCUAGCAUGUCCGCCUUGGUUGUAGUCUGUCACUAGCUGACAUUUAGCUAGGUGCAGUUAUUCUGUUUGGCACUCGCACUGCGGAGGACGAUUUCACAAGGGAGCAGGUGUAAACUCCCAUGCGGAAAGUGAGGAGUCGGGAAUGUGAGACAGCUGUUCGCAGACUCAACAUGGGUAGGGGUCGAGGUAGAGGGAGAGGAAGGGGCAGGGGGGCGUCUGGACAGUUGCGGCCCCCCUCGCCCUACAGACUGCAGCUCUCUCCAUCCAGGGAGACUUUGACGUACGCUCAGGCACAGAAAAUAGUGGAAGUGGACCUAGACGGGAGGCUCCAUCGGAUCAACAUCACGGAUCCUCUGCCGGUUAUAACCGAGGACGAGAUGAUGGCCCAGGACAUUGCCGAGUGCAACAGCAACAAGGAGAACAGCGAGCAAACGCAGAGUAAAAGCAAAUCGUGGAGGAAACCCGCAAACAGUAAAAGCAGGAGGAGUGGUAAAAAUGCAUCUCACCAGAACCAGCGGUCCGGCUCCCAGCAGCACACAGGAGCUACGAAUUCCUUUCAGCACCCAUCCCACCAAAGCCCCCUGCCUGAGCCCAACUUCCGUCUGCUGAGGUCAGUCAGCCCUUCAGAGGCACCUCCUCUCCCGGCAGCGUACUACCGUUACAUAGAAAAGUCAGGGGAGGAGCAGGACAGUGUGGCUGAGUACGACAUGGACGAGGAGGACCUGGCCUGGCUGGAGAUGGUGAACCAAAAGAGGGUGUCCGACGGUCAUGCCUCUGUUUCUCCAGACACUUUUGAGCUGCUGAUCGAUCGUCUGGAGAGGGAGUCCAUCCUGGAGUCCCGUAGCCAGGCUCUGUCCCAGAGCGCAGUCGAUGAGGACGCCUUCUGCUGCGUCUGCCUGGAUGAUGAAUGCCUCAACAGCAACGUCAUCCUGUUCUGUGACAUCUGCAACCUGGCUGUCCACCAGGAGUGUUACGGCGUGCCCUACGUACCCGAGGGCCAGUGGCUGUGCCGCUGCUGCCUGCAGUCUCCCUCCCGUCCCGUAGACUGCGUGCUCUGUCCCAACCGAGGAGGUGCCUUCAAACAGACAAGUGAUGGACGCUGGGCCCACGUUGUCUGUGCCAUAUGGAUCCCGGAGGUGUGCUUUGCCAACACAGUGUUUUUGGAGCCAGUUGAGGGGGUCAAGAACAUCCCUCCUGCUCGCUGGAAGCUCACCUGCUACCUGUGCAAGCAGAAAGGCAGGGGAGCGUCCAUUCAGUGCCACAAAGCCAACUGUUACAGGGCCUUUCACGUCACCUGCGCCCAGAAGGCCGGCCUCUUCAUGAAGAUAGACCCGGUCCGCGAGACGGGCGUCAACGGUACCACCUUCUCUGUGAAGAAGACUGCUUUCUGUGAGCAUCACUCUCCUGUGGGGUUUCGGCGGGACGGGUCAGGAGACGAGUCGGUCGAAGGGAGACUGGUGGGCGGCAGAGGGAACCGGGGUCAGAGGUCAUAUACUCAAAGCACCCCCUCACCACCGAACAAGAAGACUACCAAAGGCCAGAAAAAGAAGAACACGAAAGGGUCUGGUGGUUCGACACGUCGCUCAAAUGUGCCUGUGCUGCUUGUGCCUCAGAUCCCCUCUCACAGGCUGAACAAGAUCUGCACAGGAGUCGAAGUCCAGAGAAAGAAUCAGUUCAUGCAGAGACUUCAUAACUACUGGUUACUCAAACGACAGUCACGAAAUGGGAUGCCUUUAAUACGCCGACUUCAUUCCCAUCUACAGGCCCACAGGACUGCAGAGCAGAAGGAGCCCGACGAGAAGCUGUGUGCUGCAAGAGAGGAGCUUCGAUACUGGCAGAAGUUGAGGCAAGACCUUGAAAGAGCCAGACUUUUGGUGGAGCUGAUCCGCAAGAGAGAGAGGCUAAAGAGAGAACAGAUGAAAAUUCAUCAGGCUGCUCUGGAGUUGAAGUUGACCCCAGCAUUGGUGCUGCUCCGAUCCACCUUGGACCAACUGCAGGAGAAGGACACGGCCAAAAUCUUCUCUCAGCCCGUCAAUCUUUCAGAGGUCCCAGAUUACUUGGAGUUUAUUUCCCAGCCCAUGGACUUCUCCACCAUGCGUACCAAACUGGAGGGACACGCCUACUGCUCCAUCGCCGACCUAGAGAGGGACUUUGACCUCAUGAUUUCCAACUGCCUCAAGUACAACUCCAAGGACACCAUGUUUCACAAGGCGGCUUUACAGCUGCGGGAGGUGGGUGGAGCCAUCCUCCGCCACGCCCACAGGCAGUCUCAGAGCAUCGGCCUGGACCCCAACACCGGCAUGCAUCUGCCAGAGGCUCCAAACAAGCAUGGCUUCUACCACUGUACAUGGGACGACGUCGACUCUCUGCUGGACCCAGAGAACAGACUGCACUUAACCACAGAGGAGCAGCUAAAGGCCUUACUGGAUAAACUGGACAUGGUUACAUCCAUGCGAACCAGCGGUGGCCGAACCAAACGCAUUAGGCUGCUGCGCCGCGAGAUCAACACUCUCAGACAGAAGAUGAACCAGCAGCAGCAAAACACUCAGUCUGUGAAUGGUAAUGACAAAGAGGAUGAAGGAAAAGAAGAAGAGGAAGAGGACGAGGAGGAAGAAGAGGAGGAGAAGGAAAAGAAAACGGAGACAAAAAAUAUUGUGGAUAAUGGACCUUUGACUACAGUGUCCAACUCUGGGACAGAUGACUCUCCACCUGUGCUGGAACUGACUUGCCCAGUGUCAUCACCGCUGCCGGGAGAUGCUCCUCUCGAGCCUCCUGUCCUGGGUAUCGCAACUGGGGGGCGAAGGUCACCCGGGCGCUCCUACAAGCGUCAGAGAUCAUCCCGCAGUGGGAGCAAAAGCCAAGGUGAAGAUGAGGCUGAAGUCGGUGAAACUCCGUCCUCACAACAGGAGGCUGUUCACGAGGUUACACCGCUGGGAACGCCCCCAGCUCUGCCUUUGGCCGGAGUCGGUCGCCGGACGUCAGUUCUGUUUAAGAAAGCUAAAAACGGAGCACGGAUGGCAAAGAACAAGUCCCCGCCACAACAGAAUGGAAAAACCAAUGGGUUGGAGAGCACCCCUGCUAGUCCAAAUUCACCAGGUGUGACCAACAUCACCACCUUACCUCCCACUCCAAACGCCUCCCCCGCACCUCCCUCUCCUUCUGCGCACCACCUGAGGUCCAGAGGCCUCAGCUCAGAAAGUGAAGCAGACAAACCACCCACAGAAGCAGGCCUGACAAAUGGAAAGCACACCACUGCAGACCAUGAUGACGAAGACCAAAAAUUAAACUGUAGCGUCUCCCCACCCAAACGUAGUCGGGGUAAACCUGCACUGGCCAAAGUCCCUAGCAAUGAGAAUGGAGACAUCUCUGGGUCUGGAAAGUCUACACUUCUGUCCUUAGAUAGCGAGACAGAGCUUGCACCACUGGACCUAGUCUGGGCCAAAUGCAGAGGAUAUCCGUCAUACCCAGCAAUGAUUGUUGACCCAGACAUGCCCCAGGAAGGGCUUCUUCACAACGGCAUCCCCAUUCCUGUGCCUCCUGUGGAGGUGCUUAAACUGGGCGAGUGGAGACAAACAGACGAAGGCAAAAAGCUCUUCUUAGUUCUCUUCUUUGACACCAAGAGAACUUGGCAAUGGCUCCCUCGUAACAAACUACUGCCGCUGGGGAUGGAUGACACUGUAGACAAACUGCGCUUAAUGGAAGGCAAGAAACCCAGCGUUCGCAAGUCUGUACACACUGCGUAUGACCGGGCCAUAGUACAUUUAAACCAUGUGAGAGGAAAUCUUAACUUCACUCCCUCCAAUUUUAUAUAAAUUUUAGUUGAAACAUUUUCUCAUCUUAAACAGGCUGCCUGGUUAUGUGUAUAGAAGCUUCAUCAAUGCUCUUAAAACGGUGGAAAAGUAAAUGAGAUUACCAAUAUUUGAUGAUAUUUGAAGGAUUUCUACGUAAAACUAAUGCUCUGGUUUUUAAAAAUGGAGGCAAAAAGUGCUUGAACACAUUUUUCUAGAUGACUUUGUUCAUUUAUUCACAUACUUUUUUUUUUUUUAAAAAAAGGUUUUACACAACCACUGUUGCUAUGUGUUCAUAUAAAGAUUUUAUUUUAGGCCAAAGUGAGUCAAGACUUAAGUGAGACAAGUGUAAAUAUUUAAUCAUCAAAGGGAUUGUCUUGAUUCAAAACAUAUUUAGAUUGUAUUUGCCAUAGAAAUGUCACUGUGUUUUAUGAAGUGUGAAAGUCCCACUUAAUGUUCACGUCAUAUCUGGACUUUGGCUUCUACGGCUAUGGAUGAAAAUUAAGAUUUUGCUGUCAAAAAUGUCCUUAACGAUUCUCCAAAUAGAUGCAAAAGGCACCAAACUAAAAAACAAAGACCACUGUGUAGCUUAUGCUGCUUAAACCUGCAGAAGCGGCGUACUCUGCUGCUCCAGACAUACGUCAUUCAAAAGUGAUCCUGCUGUCCUUGCAAAUUACAGUUUUUUCUUCUUAAACUUAAAAAAACGGUCACCUAUAUUUCUAACUUUCCUCCAAUUGGAUCACACAGUAUCAAGCCUUUUACUUAGUAUUGAAGCAGAGUAUUAUUCAAAAACAAUAUGACAAAAUUGCUAAAGCUGGCUCUGACACUGAAUUUAAACCUAAACCUGCUUUGGAUGUGUACACAUUUUAUUCAGCAGCUCUGAGAAGUGCUCUGUAGAUUCAAUAGAGAGCAAGAGCAAAUCGAAUGAUUAGAAAUACAGAUAACUUUUGGUCAAAUGGCUGCAAACACUCUUGAACUUUUAGUCCAGCUCUGACGUGUUGUGGGUGGGACUUGAGAGGUUUUUACUUAUUUUUCCAUAUUGUGAAACUGUAUUAUGAUAGAAUGUUUGAGUACCCGGUGCAGCUACAAUGUGACGCCACUACAGAGGUGAAGCUGAUUAUUUUGUGGUUAUUAUGUCUACUGCAAUCACUCACUGAAGUACUUGCAAUUGUUUGCAAAUCCGGCUGAAAUGACUUGAAAAGCACAAUCGGUCUGUUGAGAGAAAAAAAAACUUGUAGGGGAUUGGUGACUUCUGGAGCCAUAUGUGUGGCAAAAACUUUGUGUGUGUGUGUGUGUGUGUGUGUACAGUAUAUACAUAUAUGUAUACAACCUCAGUGUAGUACAGGUGCAUGUGUAUAGUUUUGUAAAUAUGUAAAUGUAUGUUUAUAUUGGCUUACAUGAAGUAAUUUAAGGAAUGCAAAAAUCAAAUUUAGAUUUUAAUUUAUAAUUUGUGGCAGUCGAGAGUGUUAUUUAAAAAAAAAAGUAAAAUAUUGAAAAGAUUUAUGUAUGAUGCUACGUAGCUCUUUGUAAUAGUGAUGGUAUUCACCAACAUGUCAGAACAUAUUCUCUAGAAGUGAGGUGGCACAAGACCUGAGCUCUGUGGGCAACAGUGACUGCACUUGCCUACAAGAGUUUCUUUUUUUUGUUUUGUUUUACUUGGUGGCACGGGAGAUUUUUGAUCUUGUCAUUUGAAUUGUACUGCAAGAUCUGUAAAUCUGCCUGAGACAAUAUUUUCUCAUACAGGAAUAAAUGCUGUUUGAAACAA